AUGCGGAAAGAAUUCUACACCACUUUGUCACAAGACUUUUCUCAACUUCUCGAGGAUUCCGAUGACUAUAACGUUAAUAUUAAAGUUGGGGAAAAUGUCAAUACUCGAAAUUUUCUUGCUCAUUCCGCGAUAUUAAGGGCACGUUCGCCUUACUUCAAAAGAGCGCUUUCUGAUCGAUGGACCGUCAAGAAAGAUGGGAUAAUUUCAUUUACUAAAUCGAACAUUUCCCCGUCCGUUUUUUCUUUAAUUCUUAAGUAUAUCUAUUCCGGAAUUCUCGACCUAACGGAAAUCCCUGGAACUGAUUGCCUUAACCUUCUGGUCGCAUCAGAUGAAUUACUUCUCGGGGAAUUAAUCGAACAUAUUCAGGAUCACUUUAUCGAACGAGAUACAACCUGGACCAUGCAAAACUUCUCCAUGGUUUUACGCACCGCGACUCAAAUUCCCAGUUGCAAAAAACUUCAAGAUUAUUGUUUCGAAUCUAUUUGCAAUGAUCCUGAACCUUUUUUCACCUCGGAUGAUUUCCUAUCAUUGGAUAUGGAUAUCUUGUUGGAUUUGAUCAAAUGCGAUAACCUAGAGAUCAAGGAAGCAGACAUCUGGGAAUUCCUUAUUAAAUGGGCGAUCAAUCAUACUCAAGGGAUAAGAGAAAUGAAACCCACGGAUGUGAAAAAGUUCUCCGAAAAUAAUUUUCGGGACCUGAAGAAAACGGUGGAACCAUUUAUUCCGUAUGUUAGAUUCUACGAUAUCUCUUUAAAAGAAUUUUACUAUAAGGUUCGCCCAUAUCAGCAAGUCAUACCGGAACCACUCCUCGAAGAUCUCAUGUCCGUUCUGAUGGCUGACACUGAGCCAAAACUGAAAAAUCUGCCCGCUCGUGCGGGAAAUCUCAUAAAAGGAUCCAAUAUUAUUACUGGAAAACAUGCGUGCAUCAUUUCUAACUGGAUUGAUAAAAAGGAUGCUUUGAGUACAUCAGAGAAACAUCAGUUACAAUUUAAUCUACUUUAUCGCGGAACUAGUGAUGGAUUUAAUGCUGCUUCAUUUCACGAGAAAGUUGACAACAGAGGAAAGGCACUUGUGGUCAUUAAAUUAAAGGAUUCCGAGAAAAUAAUUGGCGGAUUUAAUGCAAGUGGGUGGUACGGAAGCAGAAAUACGAUUAUGUACGGAAGAACGCGGAGACUGAACGAUUAUGGUUCUUGGCUCAGCAAUUCUGACCAUUUCAUAUUUUCGUUCGCGAAUAGAAAUGACUAUAAAACUAGGAAAAUCGGUCGGUCUGAUGAUGCCUAUGGUGUAUACGAUACUAGUAACAAGAUGUUACAAUUCGGAUGCGGUGAUUUAAUGCUUGAUAAUGGACAAUACGGAACGUGUAAGAAAAAUAAUUACGACCAUAACAUUUUGGAUACUGAAAAUUUCGUCGCUGAAGAAUUGGAAGUGUUUGAAGUGAUAUCCCCAAUGAUAGUGUAA